UUAAAAAAAUUGUUUUCGAUCGCUGGUCUUAUAAACGGGGUCAGUGUUGUUUGUGUAAUUGCUAUUGUUUUCGCGUUGCCCGUGUCAACCGGGCCUACAUCAAUCUGUAAUAUUUAACCGUACCAUGAAAUCGUUCUUCUUGUGCGUCGUGGCCUUUGCCUGUGGGGUCUUUGGCGAUUGGAAUCGGGUAAAGAGAGCGAGUUACAUGUACCCGGAGAUGGUGCACUCUAAUGACAUGGACGAUGACGACGAACACCACCAGGUCCAGUGCACUGACUGUAAGAUGGUGGCCAAAUUGCAGACCGUCGACGAGUUCAUCGAUUCCACCGUCAAACUCCACAGCCGUAUGCCCAUAGUGAAGAUAAGAAGCCACAGGAAUACCGCCACGGACCCAUUUGACAGGAACAUUGUCACGAAAAAAAUGAAAAUGUCAAAACCGAGGUUUUCUAAACGUCCUCUGACAACGGAAACGGAAUGGUUAAACGUGCCGGUCGCCACAGAUGACACUAUGUCGGCUGCUAACGGUGGUUUCGAUUUCAAGUGGAACAAUCUGAUUAAGACGACCACCAAUAAUGGGCCUAACAUACGUUAGUUUUUCGAAGACGUAUUUAAAAAUGAUCAGCUAC